AUGGGGAAGGCAAGCGAGGAGGUCGGAUUGGGCCGAUCGGCGGCGAAGCGCAGCGUGAACUCUGGCAGCCGUAAUGCAUGGCGGGACCCAGACUAUUUGGGCAAGUAUGGUAGCGACUACCAUCCGCAGACCCGCCGCAAUAACUUGAGACGGUGGAUGCGGGAGGCGGUGUGCGAAAGCGAAGAGCUGGAGAGCGACUGGGAGGACAGCCUUGUUCUGUCUUUGGAGCAUGUUGGUUCUUUGGAGGCCAAGUGGGAGGAUCUGGAGGUGGCAUCUGUCUGCUCCUCUACGACAGCAGGCUUCGGCACUGCUUCCACCGCUUCGGACUUUGGCUGGGAGUUCUUGGAGCCAACCACGCCGGCUCCGAGCCGCCCUUGCGCUCCAAAGAUCGACCUCUCCCCGUGGCAGGCGGCCCUGCGCCGAGCGGAGCGAGGGGCCAAGGAGUAUGCGCAGCAAUCAGGACAUGCAGAAAGCACAGGCACCGAGCAAAGUCAGAGAAGGAGGCGUUACAAGCGGGUCCCGGUCGUUGAAAAGACCGAGACACAGAAGCUAGCAGACGAGCUGAAAAGCAAGUACCAAGUGAGCCUUCACUAUGAUUUGCCAUCCACGGGCCCUACCACGCCGUUCGAAAAGCUUCGAUGGAAGUUUCUGAAGGAUCAUGCCAAUGCCUUCUGCGCUUCUCUUUCUUGCCUGUACCUGGGUUGUGGCCGGAAGUGGCACUUGAAGCCUGCACCAGUGGCUCAAGCUGUGGAGGACCGAUUUCUCAGUGCCUGCGAUCGAGCAGCGGAAGGCGAGCUGCAGCCGGCCCUGCACGGCACAAACGAGUCCAACCUGUCCUCCAUCUAUUCCCGAGGGCUUCUCAUCCCAGGUGAGAAAGGGAACGGUGUGAGGGUGGUGAACGGAUCCGUGCAUGGUGUUGGAAUCUACACGGCCUACCUCAAGGAUGCAGCCUUGUCCUGGUCUUAUGCCCGCGGUGUAUCUAGGCCAGUACUUGUCUGCGGUGUUUUGGAUCCAAGUACGAGAAAGACGGGUCCGGAUAAAAGCUCAAGCCUGGUGACCUACACACAUUCAGCGCGCAUCUUCUUUAAGGACGACCUCGUUUCGCCGCUGUUCGAAGCAUCCCUUGACAGCAUCCCCGCUUCUGCCGCUUCUGCUAGCUGCACUGUGCCAAAGCCCACUGUUGUGGCACCCCCUCGCCGGAUCCUUCCACCGGAUCCAAAGCCAAAGGGCCCUGGGCCUCGGACUCGGCUGAGGCCCACAUUGACGAUUUUAGGUCCGAGGCCAGCAGUGACGAUUUCGCGCUCUCAGGCCUUUUUGGCCCGCCGUGCAGCGCGCAAGCGUCAAACGUGA